AUGCUGCCCCUCAGCCGCGGGCGGCCCCGCCGCUGGCAGCGCCCGCUGCUCCUCCUGUCAGCGCUGCUCUGGGCGCCCGCGCUGGUGGCUUUCAACCUGGACGAGGAGAAGCUGACGGUGUACAGCGGGCCCCCGGGCAGCUACUUCGGGUACUCGGUGGACUUCUACAUCCCCGAUCCCAGCACGGUCAGUGUCCUGGUGGGAGCUCCCAAAGCCAACACCACGCAGCCAGACAUCGUGCAAGGAGGAGCGGUGUAUUACUGCGCCUGGCCCGCCGCCCCGUGCAGGCAGAUCCCCUUCGACAACACCAACAACAGGAAAAUUAAAGUCAAUGGCACCAGAGAACCUAUUGAAUUCAAGACAAAUCAGUGGUUUGGGGCAACAGUCAAAGCCCAUAAAGAAAAAGUUGUGGCUUGUGCUCCUUUGUAUCACUGGAGAACCCUUAAAGACAGCCCUGAGAAGGACCCUGUUGGCACCUGCUAUGUAGCAAUUCAGAACUUCAGUGCCUAUGCUGAAUAUUCACCUUGUCGCAACAGCAAUGCAGAUCCUGAAGGACAAGGCUUUUGUCAAGCAGGUUUCAGCUUAGAUUUUUACAAGAAUGGAGACCUGAUAGUAGGUGGGCCCGGUAGUUUUUAUUGGCAAGGACAGGUAAUCACUGCAAGUAUUGCGGACAUCAUUGCGAAUUAUUCCUUCAAGGAUAUUCUGAGGAAACUGGCACGAGAGAAGCAAACAGGAGUGGCACCACCCUCAUAUGAUGACAAUUACAUGGGAUACUCAGUGGCUGCUGGGGAAUUUACUGGGGAUUCUGAACAAGAGCUUGUUGCUGGAGUCCCAAGGGGAGCACAGAACUUUGGCUAUGUCUCAAUUAUUAAUUCUUCUGAUUUGACCUUUAUCCAGAACUUCACUGGUGAGCAGAUGGCGUCCUAUUUUGGGUACACAGUUGCAGUAUCUGAUGUUAACAAUGAUGGUUUAGAUGAUAUCCUUGUCGGUGCCCCUCUUUUUAUGGAGCGAGAAUUUGAGAGCAAGCCUAAAGAAGUUGGGCAAGUUUAUCUGUACCUGCAAGAAAGUGCAUUCCUCUUCCAAGAUGCACAAAUUCUGACAGGCACUGAAGUAUUUGGUAGAUUUGGCAGUGCAAUCACACACCUUGGAGAUCUCAAUCAAGAUGGAUAUAAUGACAUUGCUAUUGGUGCACCAUUCGCAGGAGAAGACGGAAGAGGGAAAGUGCUCAUUUACAAUGGAUACAGUAAUGGGUUAAAUCCUAACCCUUCCCAAGUUCUCAAUGGAGCUUGGGCCUCACAGUCCAUGCCUUCGGGAUUUGGCUUCACUCUAAGAGGAGACUCAGAUGUAGACAAGAAUGAUUACCCAGAUUUAAUUGUGGGUGCAUUUGGAGCUGGAAAAGCAGUUGUUUACAGAGCCAGACCUGUUGUGACAGUGAAUGGUCAACUUAUUCUGAACCCCAUGAUUGUGAACCCAGACAACAAAACCUGUCAGGUCCCCGGCUCUCAGCUUUUGGUGGCCUGCUUUACUGUAAGAGUCUGCGCAGAUUUUAAAGGUCAAAGUAUUUCAGAUGAGAUAGUGCUGAAAGGUGAAUUGCAAUUAGAUUCAUUGAAACAGAAAGGAGCUGUUAAGAGGACCCUCUUCUUUGAUUACCAUCAGUCACAUCACUACUUCUCCAUUGUGAUGGAGAGACAGAAACAACUCUAUUGCCAGGACUUCCUUGUUUAUCUCAGAGAUGAAACAGAAUUUAGAGAUAAAUUAUCUCCCAUCAAUAUUAACUUCAAUUAUAGUUUGGAUGAGUCCAGUUUUGAAGACAGUUUGACUGUGAAGCCAAUACUGAACUAUUACCAGAAAAACUCACUAGCAGGGCAGGCUUACAUUCUGGUUGACUGUGGGGAGGACAACUUAUGUAUUCCUGACUUGCAGCUUUCUGCUGUGCCGGAUACAGAUCAGCUAAUAAUUGGAGAAGAAAACUGUGUCAUGCUCAUAGUAAAUCCAAGGAAUGAUGGGGAAGGAGCCUAUGAAGCUGAGCUACAUAUAAAGAUUCCGCCUGAGGCAGAUUACACUGGAGUUGAACGCAACAACAAGGCACUGCGUGUAUUGAGCUGUGAUUACAAGAUGGAAAAUGAAACUAGAAUGGUGGUUUGUGAUCUUGGAAACCCCAUGGUGGCUGGUGCAAACUUCUCCACAGGCAUUCGAUUUUCUGUUCAGCAUUUUGAAAACGCAGAUUUCAGCAUCAAUUUUGAGCUGCAAAUAAAAAGUUCUAACAAGAUAAAUUCCACCAGCAACUUAGUGAACCUCCAUAUCAACAUCAGUGCUGUGGCUCAAGUACAGAUCAGAGGAGUGUCUCACCCCCCAACAAUUAUUUUGCCACUUCACAACUGGGAACCCAAAGAUGAACCUACAAAAGAAGAAGAAAUUGGUCCUUUAGUAGAACACAUCUAUGAGCUGCACAAUAUAGGACCAAGUGCCAUCAACAAUACAGUUCUCCAUGUUGGUUGGCCGGUGUCCAAUAGAGAAGAAUUUCUUCUUUAUAUUCUUCACAUUCAGACACAUGGACCAUUGCACUGUCAAACAAGCUCUCCUAUUAAUACAAUGCAAAUAAAGUUUGCUGUUCCACAAGACACUCCUGAACUUGCUGCUUUUUUAUACAAUUCCACAAUUUCUCAUUACAUCAGGAGAAGGGAUGUCGCAGUGGCAGAACCUUACAGGAAAAACUCUGCAAAAAUAUUGAACUGUACAAAUGUGAAGUGUGUCUUAAUUUCGUGUACUGUGGGACAGCUGGAAAGAGGAAAGAGUGCUGCACUAAAAGUCAGGUCCCGGCUCUGGGCACAAACAUUCCUGGAGAGAAAAAAUGAACUCUAUAGUCUUUCUUCCAAUGUUUCCUUUGAAGUUAAGAGCAUGCCAUAUAAAGUGCAACCAGCAAAGCUCCCUGAGGGAAACAUAGCAAUUAGAACAUCUGUCAUUUGGUCCACCCCAAAUGUCUCCUUUGAGAUUCCUCUAUGGGUUAUAAUACUAGCCAUACUUCUUGGACUACUAGUACUAGCUCUGCUGACCCUAGCUUUAUGGAAGUGUGGCUUCUUUGACAGAGCUAGACCUCCUCAAGAUGACAUGGCUGACAGGCAACAGCUGACAAAUAACAAGACUACUGAUGCAUAA